AUGAACUUGUUCCUCCCUUCUGAAACUACGAACAGCCUAAUGGAGCAGUUUAGGAAAUGUAUUGGAUUUGAUGCCAGAGGAUUGCUGGAAAAGAUAAGGCUAUACUUAACAAGGAAACCAUUGCCUUCUUUGGAAGAAAGAAAGAAGUUUGACCAUGAGUUUGCCAUGUCCACUUCAUUUCAUGGAGUGCACAAUAUUAUCCAAACCCGGAGCAAGAUACGAAAGGUCCUGUGGAUGUUAGUAGUCCUGGGCUCUAUCAUCAUUGUCGCUUGGGAAAUCUGGAAUCGAUUCACCAAUUAUUUCAGCUGGCCAACCACAACUUCAAUAAUAGUUCAGUAUGUGGAAAACAUUGAGUUCCCUGCUGUGACUUUUUGUAACUUGAACAGAUUCCAAGCCCAUGCAGUAGCCAACCUCAGUAUUAUUUUUUUCCUUUGGAGCAUUGUGUCUGGAGUUCUUCAUGCAUUUGAUAUUGACAACAAGUUCUCUGAAGAGCUAAAGGAUUUCCUUCAGGGAAACCAAAACUUCAGCAUUAAAGAGUUUACAAGGAAUAAUGGCUUUUAUCUCAACAGCAGCACUUUGCUAGAAUGUGAUUUUUUUGGGCAGCCAUGUUACCCGGAGGAUUUCAAACAUGUCUUUACUGAAUAUGGAAACUGCUUUACUUUUAAUCACAUGGAUCUUCCAGCAAGGAGAAGAGUGAGUGUUUCUGGAAGAGGCUUAAGUUUACUUUUUGAUAUCAAACAGGCACAAUUCACUGAUGACCCUACUUUUGGCUUUAUUGAUGCUGGGAUAAUUUAUGUUAUCCAUUCACCUAAAGAACCUCCACGUUUUGAUGGCUUAGGCUUAUCAACACCAGUAGGUAUGCAUGCACAUGCUGCAAUCAGCCAGCUGAAGACAGUUAUCCUAGAAUACCCUUGGGGAGAAUGCAAUCCUAACAUCAAACUUCAGCACCACAAGAUCUACAGCACCUAUGGAUGUUUGCAGGAAUGUAAGGCCAGGCACAUACAGGACAAGUGUGGAUGUUUGCCAUUUCUGCUUCCAGGAAACGGAACAGAAUGUGACCUACAAAAAUUCUACAGUUGUGUUUCUCCUGCACUCUAUAAAAUAGAACUAAUGGGACUAUGUACAGUAGGAACCCACAAUUCCACUUGUCCUGUGCCUUGUGAAGAAACAGAUUAUCCCACCACUGUCACCUAUUCAAGUUUUGCGAGUGAAAAAGCCUUAAAAUUCUUUUCCACAAAGCUGAAGAGAAAUCCAGAGUAUAUCAGGGAGAAUCUUGUGUAUAUUGACAUUAAAUAUCAUGAUCUGAACUACAAAAUGACUCGGCAGCAGAAGGCCCGGAGUGUGUCUGAGUUGCUUGCUGACGUUGGUGGCCAACUUGGUUUAUUUUGUGGAGCCAGUAUGAUUACAAUCAUAGAAAUUGUUGAGUAUGUUUUCACCAACUUCUGUUGGCUGUGCAUCUUUCUUCUAUUGAAAGCACCAGAAAUGCCCCAGUGGAAUAUUCCAGCUCAGAACGAGCGGACAGACAAGGAGGGAAUACAAGAAUGCUAAUGGCUUGUCAAGGCACAAAGCCUCACUGUCUCCUGUAACUUGCCUUCAUUUUGAAGAGAAAAUUGAUAUUUAACCUCAACUGGUUUUCCCCACUUAACAGCUAUAAAUAAUGCAACAAUGGAAUUCUAAACAAUAGUCAUUGGAAAGACUGUUUCUUUCUCUUAUGAUGACAAAUGUAAUCUUUAUCUAACCCAAUAUAAUUUUUAGUGGCUGAGCAAAUGGUUUAUGCUGACAUGUAACACUAUUGCAUGUAUGACACAGAGUUGAAGACUUCUGCAG